CAACAACUUCCUCUACUUCUCUACCACAUUUUCCACACAAACUAUCAUCAUGGGUUGGUUCGACUUCGGCAGCGAUCAGCAGCAGGCUCACGAGGAGCUCACCAACUACGGUGGCUUCGACGGCUCUGAGGAGCACAAGGCCAAGUUCAGCCACGAGCUCAUCGCCGGUGCCGCUUCCUACGAGGCCAUGAAGUCCUUCGAGGAGUACCAGGAGCGCAACGGCAAGCCCCAGAGCCACGCUGAGGCCAAGGAGAUCCUUGCCGGUCUCGCCGGUGCCUUCAUCGACCGUGAGGUCGAGACCAAGGGCUUGGACUUCGUCGACCGCGAGAAGGCCAAGUACCACGCCCGCCGCCAGCUCGAGGAGGCUUCCGCCCAGGACUACUAAACCGGUCAAUCUGUUGCCAAUACUUUUGUUAAUUGAGAUAUCCAAUCUGAAUAUAUUUUGUUGAAACA